ACCUGGGUUCCAAAGGCAUUAUCAGGGGUCCUAUAGCGGCGUGGCAAUAUAUUUAUUACAUGAUAAUCAAGGUUUUUUCGAACCUGGGGGAACUUGAAGUCAUCGAUUCAUCAUCCACUGCAACCGUGACCAUAUAGAGCGGCAACAAAGGGGCGACGAACUCGGACUAAGAUAUCAUUCUACAGCAAUGAAACUCUGAAUCCCUUACGGUAGCGGGAAUAACCGAAGCUACCCACGUACUUAGGAUGGUUCAAGUUCAUCAACUUCUCUGUGGUGCCAUUAUGACACUGAUAAUCUCGUCCUUCUAUAUAACAGCGAUAUAUGCGUGGGGUUAGCAAAUAUGCCCCCGCACCUUCGUGCAUCUGCAAGGCUGUAGACGGCUGCAGAUCUUAUUUUUGCCAUGGCUUCAAACAUGUCAUUAGAUGCUACGUGUUUACUGUCAUUAGCGCUCGAGGGCGUGACAUAUGGUUUUUCAACCCUCAUGUUUAUCGGUACUGUGUGGGCUUUGGCCUACAAACAGCGCAUACAGGAUGUCAGUCGCCCAAUCAUUGUGGUGGCCAUCCUGCUAUUCAUACUGAGUACUGCGCAUAUGGUCGUGAAUAUCAUUCGCGUUGAAGAUGGACUAGUGAAGUAUCGUGACACAAUCCUGGGUGGACCAGUGGCGUUCUUUGCCGAUCCUUCUCAAUACACAUUUACGAUCGGGAAUGUGUUAUACGGCUUGCAAACUUUACUGGGUGACGGGGUAUUGAUUUAUCGAUGCUAUGUUGUAUGGCAAUCAGUCUUGGUCAUCGUCGUACCGAGCAUGCUGUGGUGCAGUGUUGCAGUGUCUGUCAUUGCUGUAAACUACACUUUUUCGCAAAUCAAAAGUGACUCCAGUCAAAUCUAUGAAAACGAGCGUGGAGCACCUGCACAUUGGGUUAAUGUAUUCUACGUGUCGACUAUCGCAACAAAUUUAUUGAGUUCAGGGUUACUUGCGUAUCGCGUCUGGAUGAUCGAACGUGAUGUCUCUCCAGGUCGUGCCAGGAAGAACAAUAUGAUGCCAAUUGUGCGCGUGCUUGUGGAUUCUGCUGUUUUGUACUCUGUGGCGCUCUUGACCGCAUUGAUCACUUAUGCGCGCUCGAACAAUGGACAACUUGUUAUACACGAAAUGGUUACGCCCAUCAUAUCGAUCGCCUUCUAUAUGGUCCUUAUUCGCGUUGCAAUCAACAGAAAACACAGUCAUAUGUCGACUAUAGGCCCGGGGAUAACCGAUUCAACAGACCCAGGCACUUUGCAGCAGUAUCCUAUGCGGCCCUUGCAAUUUUAUAGAUCCACACAUAAUGACAAUAAAGCAGUUUAUGGAAUAGGAAGCGAAGGCCGGCCAUCGACAUUCGCAGCAGAGUCCCGAAAGGGCUCCCUAUCGAACUUGCAACCAGACUGAAUGUAUCUUGUAUGUCGUUUGUUCUGUAUUUUCCCGUAGGUUUGUUGUGCUUCUACUAUAACAUAUCACUAUGCCUGCACACAGCUCUGCAAUAAGCGGGAUGAUAUGAGAUUGGAUGACUUCCCGCAGCGUUUAGAACGCUGUUCUAGUUCUAAACACAGUUCAUGUCCAAACGCUGUCUACUUCUGCUCCAAGAGCUUUCUCCGGUUUAUUGACCAUGUCGUUGUAUAUCCGCGAAAAUGGCAUAGGCCACCCCGAGGAUUUUUACACCAGAAGAGAGCAGCAGAAAUAAUGUCACUACCACGUAUUCAGCAUUCAACGCCAUGUCCCGCAAUUCCAUCAACGUUUUUCGAAAUGGCUG